AUGCUCGACUACCACGUGUCGAGCAACGACGUGGAUACUUGUCGUGAUGAUAUUAUUCGCCACAUCAUCAAGCUUAUUCAUGUGAGGGUAGAGCAGGUUGAUGAGGAUGAAGACGUGAAGCGGUCCAAGGAGAACAUUGAGAGGCGCAUGUUGGAGGUUCUGGGACGGGACAAGGUCGAUGAGCUGACGCGGGAGAAAAAGUAUCUUUCACUGGAGGAUAUUGAUUGUUGA